CUUGAGAGCUCAGAUCUAAACGCAAACAUGUUAAUGAAGGUUGUAGCUCCACUUCUGGCGGUCUUUCUGGCCCUAGCGAGUGCUGGACUUCUCGGAGGCCCGGUGGACGUGGACAUAAACAGGGAAGAUGUCCAGAAUGCCCUGCAGUUCGCAGUCUCUGAGCAUAACAAAGCGAGCAACGACGCGUUCGUCAGUCAGGUUUCAAGAGUGAUCAAGGCACAGACUCAGGUUGUUUCUGGUGUGAAUUAUAUUUUCACUGUCGAGCUGGUCAGGACAGCCUGCAGAAAGGGUGGUGUUGAGAAGGUGUGUCCCACCCUUAAAAACCCAGAUCCUGCAGUGUCCCACGAGUGCCGAUUGAAGGUGUGGAAUCAGCCCUGGACAGGCACCAUCAAACUUGUGGAGAAUACCUGCCAGUAGAAAUCAAGUCACACAGCCCAGCUUUGACUGGCCUUCACAGCAACUGCAAUAACCUUUUCAUUGCUUUAGAAAUUAAUUAACUUGCAUGAACACGUUUAAUCCAUCAAGUUAUUAGUUUGCAUGCCGUUAUUGUCUUCUUGUCCGCAAAUUACUAUGAGAAUGCUUUGACUGUCACAAGCUAAAGCAAUAACCUUCAAAUAUAUGCAGUUUUUGUAUAGUUUAAAAAGGUAAUAGCAAAAAAAAAAAAA